AUGGCUGUGGGCACAAAAUUAGUCUCAAAUGACAGUGAAUUGUUUGAGAAUCCUAGUCUUUACCGUAGCACAAUUGGGGCUCUUCAAUACCUCACUCUUACUAGACCUGAUCUCAGCUUUCCUGUCAACAAGUUAAGUCAGUUUUUAUCAGCUCCCACUAAUCUACAAUGGCAAGCUUGCAAGAGAAUUUUGAGGUAUGUAAAAGGGACUUUAGAUCAUGGCUUACUUUUCAAGCCUGCUGGCAGUUUGCACAUUGAAUGCUAUGCUGAUGCUGAUUGGGAAAGCAAUUUGGAAGAUAGGAGGUCCACAAGUGGUUAUUGUGUGUACAUGGAUCCAAAUUUAAUACAAUGGAGCUCAAGAAAGCAAAAAGUAGUUGCUUUAUCUUCUACUGAAGCUGAGUAUAGGGCUUUAGCUCAAACUGGAACAGAGGUUGCAUGGUUACAGAGUCUAUUUGCUGAGUUGAGCAUUCCUAUAACUUCUAAACUUGUUCUAUGGUGUGAUAAUGUUAGUACUGCUGCCUUGGCAUCUAAUCUUGUGUUUCAUGCACGGACCAAACACAUAGAAAUAGAUGCUCACUACAUAAGAGAAUAG